UAUUUUUCUAAAGCAUUUUAUACCUAACAAAAUUAAACUAAGGCAAGUGCCACACUGAAGGUGCUGAAAGAAGCUUCUGGUAUAUUUUCGCCCUUUCCAGCACUGCCAGUCAAUAUUUUGCGGCAAUGACAUUUCCGUUUUAGUUCUGGAUUCUGAAAAAGAAAUUCUCAGAAAUUAGUUUAAGCAUCUGAUGUUCCGCUUGUUCAAACUCUACUCGCUCUACAUGGAUAACAAGGGUCAUUCGACUUCGCAAAAGUCUUGCAUAUGCGAGAAGUUGCCACGCGCAACGCUCCAUGUGCCGGUGAAUCGCUUCAAUGUCUGCGAUCUAUGUGGCCUGAUCCGCCGUCCUCGAACGUACUCCAGCGACGAGGAGGAGAAAUUGGAUGUCGAACGGCAGAAAAUAUUGUUGCAACGCCGCCACGCCGAGGAGGCUGCCCACAAUAACAAGGCGGCGCGCUUCAAAGUGACCGGUAAGGGCAAGAAACCGCCGGUCAAGUCCAAUAAUAAGCGUACCAAGAGCGACGAAUGGUCGAGGACUGAAGGAGGCGGACUUGGAGAAGCCGGAGAUGGCGAAGGCGAUGGUCCUAAAGAGGCCAGUAAGAUGGAUCGCCACCAGGAGGAGCCGUCGGCACCACCACCAUCGUCGCCAUCGCCCGCUCCGUCGGAUCGCCAUGAGGAUAUGUCCUUAAACUACACGCGCAGGCGCUUGAUCUAUGACGACCAGUUUGUGAAGAAAUUUAUUCCACUGAAGGGGCCCAUAACGGAUCCAUCUGGAGGUGCCAUAUCCAAGAGAAGUGGCAAUCUGGGGCGCACCAAGCCCCACAUCAGUCAUCCACAGGGGCCACUUGCUAAGGAUAAGCUGCAGGGCGGCGUUUCAAGCUCAUCGAAGUUCAAGGGCAAGUACACCGAAAGUCAACUGGCCAGUCAGUUUCCUCCCUUCGACGAGUACGACGGUCCUCUGAGACGCCUUCGUGUGGACGGUGCACGACGCAUGCUCAACCGUCCCAACUCGCUGUACAUGGAACCACGUCCGGAUUUGCCCAACAAUCGCAUUGGGAGCCAUGGCUCGAUCUUUGGCGGUUUCUGGUUUGCACCACAUGUAAUGCCUUUAGUUGCGGCACCCAAGAUCCCCGGACCGGCGUUUAACCUUUCCAUCGAAAAAUCUUCAUUACCCGAGGAGCUGAAAGCCGACAUCAAGGAGACCAUUAAGAGCAGUGACACAUCGUCUCCCCAAUUUAUCAUCUAACCAAAUCUGAGGAGCACCCUGGAAGUUUCGAAUGUGAGGAGAUCCUUCAGAGCCUCGGUUUAAUCGAGCUGGCCAAUGAGGAGGACGGAGUCAUUAAUGAAUUGCCAAACGAAGAUGUACUUUCCGCCAAUAAAACCAUGUCUGAUGAAGAGUAUUCGGAAAUAGUAUCAAAGGAAAGGGGCAUACCUAGUAUAGAAUCUAUUAUAAUGGGUGGAAAAAUGGUAAGCGAGGAGAAGUUAUCUUCAAUUGAAAAGAGUAUUUUUGGAAAACAUCACCCUAGGAAAGAUCCAAAGAUCAUACGACUUUAAAAGAAAUAGAAUUAGCCAAAUUGCCGUAUACUUGUCGAGCUUCUAGGCAUGGAGUUGUAUCUUCCAGCAAGCUCCCGGUACCCCUUGUAGCUAAUCCCAAGGAGUUGCAGUUCAUGAAGCAAAUGAUCAGGAAAGCUAGUCCUGUCCAAAACAAGCCAUUAAGGGCGGAGAGUAUAUUUUGGAAAACAAAUGUUUACCUUCAAAAUGUAACCAAUGCCGACGUCCUGUUAGAAAUAAGACAGCAAAUAGUAAUUAUAGGAGAAUAUCAAGAGAGAGUGAGUUAGAGCUAUCGAAACUAAAAUCAGUCAGCAAUCAGCGAAUAUGUCCAGUUCAUUCAAAUACAGCAAAAAGGUUUCUAUGUACGCGCAGAAUAAUAAACAAUAGAUCAGAAAAUUUGGAAAUGAAAAAGGUUGCUGGCAGAAUCCAAACCCAGAAGCCUCUGAAGUUAUUAGUAUUUACCAGGAAGGUUCAAAUUUUUUACAAAGCUUACCACAUGAGCGUAGAUCUUCCCAAGCUUCAAGUGGUUUCCUAUGUCAGGCAAUUGUCGGGAAUACUUUCAGAGAGUUAUGUUCAGGAUCAGUUUCAGGAUUUAAAUAUCGGCGACUCUGAGUAUUUUCCCCGAGAUCACAAUCAUAAACUUGAGACUAGCAGGCCCGAAACUUUAAUGCCCCCUGAUUAUUCUACCCUGGAAAUUAAAAAGAGAACAAGAGCAGGCUGGCCAUAUAUGAGACAACCAGGGGUGUAUGUGCAUCAAAAAAAGAGAUUGGUUAAAAAAAAAGUAUUUAAACGGGUUACUUCGCAACGGGUUAGGCAUACGAAAAUAAUCACAACUAAGGAGCCAAAUUCAUUAAAAGAAAACGAGUUGGAAAUUCCAAGAAGCCCAGCUCUAAUGCCCGAAAUUAACCAGGCCUUAGAAAGUGAACGAAAGAUGAUCAAAGCAAUAGUUACAUUUUUUAGAUCUACCAAGAAGCCAUUGCAGAGAAAAAAGUUUAGGGGUUUAUAGAAACUUUCACAAUGGGACUGUCCCUUUUACCUGUUUACAGCCUCCUUAAAAUCAUUAAAAAAAUGUAUUGAUUGCAUUAAUUGUAUACCACUUAGUGUAUAUACUUUUAGUUCGUCGAUUUUUCACAUUUCACUACAGAUCAACUUCUGAGAGAUGUCAUCAUCCUUGAAUGCAAAAGCCGGAAAUAAGCCGGAACCCAAGUUUGAAGUUCACUAUCGACAUCCGGCAGCUGUUUUUGUGGGCGGAUUGGCUAGUUUAGCAUAUGUGAUCCUCUGCUGGCUGUCUUACAUUAUUAUUAUUUUAUCUAUCUGCGCUGUUUUCAUUGGAAUAUUUCUACCAAGACAGUCCUGGCACUUGCUAAGCUCCAUGCUUAAUCAGUACCACCUCGAACGGCAUUUUAAAGACGAAUUAUAAUAUAUUGUAUAUUUGUUUUUUUAAUAAAACGUUCGAGCAAGAACUACAAAACGCUCAAA